AUGACCAUUGGUGAGUGGAGUAGAAUGAAUAUUGUCAAUGUUCUACGUAUUCUUCGGGUUUUUCACAUUUGCUCGGGUUUAAAAAUCAAUUUAACAAAGUCUAAUAUUUUUUCGUUCGGAGUGGAACCGGAGGAUCUCAACGAUAUGGCCUCUUUGCUAGGAUGUAAAGCCGGAAAGUUUCCAUUCAAGUAUCUUGGGUUGCUUGUCGGUGCUAACAUGAACCGUGUUUCAAACUGGAAGCCGGUUUACGAUUUAUUUGAUGUUAGACUGGCUAAAUGGAAAGCGGGGCUACUUUCCAUUGGGGGAAGGAUUACGUUAACUAAAGCGGUGCUUGAAAGUUUGCCCAUUUACUAUUUUUCUCUAUACAGAGCCCCGGUGCAAGUUAUUAAUGAGCUGGAAGCAAAUUAG